CGUAUAUGAAGAUCCAAAUUUUUGCAUAUAGGAACCAUUCCUUUAUUUAUAUGACCACGUAGGUAGCAUAAAGGUACAUUGUGUACACCGUGCAAAAGGAAUCUGCUAGCUACUGUUUGUAAUAUGACAAUCUGGACUGAGAUUGUCAGAUGAAGUUCAGAUUAACUGAGUUUACAGUUAUUUGACCUUUUUCGGGUCUUUUUUCUGCAACCAGAACCUGUUUUUAUCCAUGUGUUAUCUGAAUGCAUGUUAAUUCCAUUUCGAAAAGGAAAAUCAAAAAAGUUAAAGUCCGUUUUGCUAAAAAUGUGUUGCACUGUCCUCAUUAACAUGUUGUGAUUCAGAGACUGAAAAGUUGUCAGCAGGCUGACCGACAUGAACCUGGAGCUUCUACCACCGCCGUGUCAAAGGCUUAACCCCACACCAAGGCUUUAAUUAGAUUAUUCAAGGCAAUGCAAGAGGAUCUAAUGACUAUUUUCUAUGAUACAGUUGACAACACGAAGGUAAAGAAGCAAAUGUUCUGCUUCUUGGUCCUCGUAUUCCUCUCUUCUUCUGUCCCAGAAAACUCCGGUCCUUCACAAAACUCAACGGAUGUUGCACAAAGAGUCAAGGAAUAAACCAGCCAAAGUAAUUUAUAUCAACAAUGAAAAUUUAAAUUAAAUUAGAAAAUAAAAUCUCAGAUGGAAUGGUGCUGAAGCAAACAUGCAAAAAGCUCAACUUUUUAGAAAUAAUAAAAACAAAGAGGAAACAUAUCCAGCAACAACACACAGUAGAGAUGGACGUUGUGGCAAAGAGUUUUAACAAGUCACUUCUUGUUGCCAAGUGCUCUUAAUUCUGUGAAAUGACAAAUGAGCUCAUUUCAUUGUCCAUUUCAUGGUCUUGGUCUUCCUUGAAUGUGAACCUCCAUCCUAGAUUCAAGACUUCAGCAAACCUCCAGCAGGUUUUCUUCCAGGAUUUGGCUCCAUUCAUCCUCCCAUCAACGGGUUUGGACUCGUACCACUCUGAAGAGGGUGCCCUUACUUUUCCCAGCUCUGCUGCAGUUGUCCUCCCUGCUUUAGUGGUCAUCCAUAAGCCUAUUUGCAUCUCAAAUGAGAUAGCGAUGGGUUUACAUGUCAGUGGCAAUGGCGCGGACUAUUCUCUGUGUGAGAGCAUUAGUGGGGCUAAAAGCAGUAAUGCCAUCAGGGCCAGCUCAGUUCAUGAGGAUACGUCGCUCUGCAGAGGGCGGCGUGCAGAGGGGAUCGGUUAGCUCCACAGGCAUCAGCAAAGGGGAGCGCAGCCCAACAGAUGCACCGAUAUCCGCAUCUUCAAAAAUAUGUUUGCCAAGUUUAAGGGCCUCUUCUCAGGCCCGCAGGUUCCAGCUGAUUCUGGGACCACCAAGGCAUCACCAGCUCCUCCACCUGCUCCUGCACCUGCUAAGGAGGAGAAGCCAAACGAGAAAGAAAAUGAAGCGAAGAAAGAGGAGCAACCGCAGGCCCCUGCACCAGCAGCUGCACCGGCACCAGCAGCUGCACCGGCCCCUGCACCAGCACCUUCAGCUGCACCGGCCCCUGCACCGGCCCCUGCACCAGCACCAGCAGCUGCACUGACCCCUGCACCAGCACCUUCAGCUGCACCGGCCCCUGCACCGGCCCCUGCACCAGCACCAGCAGCUGCACCGACCCCUGCACCGGCACCAGCCCCUGCACCUGCCUCAGCUCCAGCUCCGGCUCCAGCAGCCACACCUGCAGACCCUAAGCAGCCGGGGCCUGAAGGACAAGACGAGGCACCUCCUCCGCCGAUUGUCAUCAACAAAUAUUCAGAUGAGCAGCUCAGAAACGUAGCAAAAAAGAUGAAAGAGAGACUGAAAUUAUACAAGGAGAAAGUGAUUGAUCAGUAUGCGUCGUCCCCUGAGAUAACCCCUCCUGUCACUCCACUGCUGCUUAAAGAUGAAUACGCCAGAGUGAUGGAGGAAAGGGCGAGGCAAGCAGAGGAGGACAAGAUAAAGAAGGAGGAGGCAGAUAAGAAGAAGAAAGAAGAACAGGAGAAGAAAAAGAAGGAAGCUGAGCAGAAGAAGAAAGAGGAGGAGGAGAAAAGGAAAGAAGAGGAGGAGAAGAAGAAGGUGAAGGUGCCCUUAAAGACGAGGUUGACUGCAGCUUACUGGGCAUCGGUGGACUUCAUGAUCAACCCCCUGGUGAACCAGAUGGAUUCCUUCCUGGGUCCCACCAUCGACCCCUUCACGGAUCGUCGCUACAUCACGUGGCUGAGCCUGGUCACAGUGGCCAUCAACUACAACACGUGGUUCAUCACCGCCAGAAUGUGUUUCCCGUACCACAACGAGUUCGUCAACCCUAUCUGGUUCGCCAUGGACAUCCUGGCGGACGUCAUUUACCUACUAGAUGCCAUCUUGUUUCAGCCUCGCAAGCAGUUUGUCAAGGCAGGAGACAUCAUAAAAGACCGUACCUUGACAACCAAGCACUACAGGGAAUCAGAGAGAUUACUGGUAGACGUGGUUUCUCUUCUGCCAUUUGACUUGUUGUACCUGCAGUUCGGAUUCAGAUCUGGUUUCAGAGUCAAUCGCUUACUAAAGAUAGAUACAUUUUUCGAGUUCAGUGACCGUCUGGAGAGCAUCAUGGCCAAGGCGUAUAUCUGGAGAGUGAUUCGUACCAUUGGGUAUCUCCUCUUUAUGCUCCACCUGAAUGCUUGCUUCUACUACGUGGCCUCGGAGUACCAGGGCAUCGGUGGAACAAAAUGGGUCUACUCCGGUCUGGGCAGCGCUUACCUCAGCUGCUUCUUCUAUGCGGAGAAAUCCCUUCUGAUGAUUGCCGAGUUGCCAUUUCCAGACACCAUGUUCGGACAGAUCUUUCAGAUGGUGAACUACCUUUUUGGGGCGUUCUUUAUGUCCGUCAUUCUUGGCCAGAUGAGAGAUGUGAUUGGCGCGGCCACAGCAGGACAGACCUACUUUCGAACCUCCAUGGACAACACAGUGGCUUACAUGGUGACCAACAACAUUCCCUCUCUGGUGCAGAACAGGGUGCGCACCUGGUACACCUACACUUGGGACGCUCAGGGCAUGCUGGAUGAGUCUGAACUGCUGGAUAAGAUGCCUCUCGUAAUGAGAACCGCCAUUGCAGUGGACAUCAACCUGGCGACGUUUCAGAAGAUCGAUCUUUUCAAGGGCUGCGACCAGCAGAUGUUGGUGGACAUGCUGCUGAGGCUGAAGUCCAUCAUCUACCUACCGGAAGACUUUGUGGUGAAAAAAGGUGACAUCGGGAAGGAGAUGUAUAUCAUCAAAAGCGGAGCGGUGCAGGUGGUGGGAGGGCCUGACAACAGCAUCGUGUUUGUAACGCUGAAGGCCGGCUGCGUGUUCGGAGAAAUCAGCUUGUUGCAGUCUUCUAAGGACGGAGGGAACAGGCGAACAGCCAACGUCAAAGCUUACGGCUUCGCAAACCUUUUUGUUCUGGAGAAGAAGGACCUGUUUGACAUUCUCAUCCACUACCCGGAGUCUCAGAAGGUGUUGGCCAGAAAAGGGAGAAAACUGAUGAAGGCAAAGGGCCCGGCGGCAGCAAAAGUAGAGGAGGAGAAGAAGAAAGGGCUGGCGCUGUUCGGCCCCAAACCGCCAACACCCAAACUGCUGCGAGCUUUCGGUGGAAACUUUAAUAAAAAGAUGUUUAACCAAUUAAAGGAAAAGUAAGGACUCAGCUAAACUGUGUAUUUUUUGUUAACUCCAUUUUGGGAGUAAAGGUACAGCUUUAUUUCAUGUUCUUUUUAUUGUUUUAUAUCAAGUGUUUUAUUUCAACGUGAUGUAAAUCACGUGCUUUGCAUGCAUGUGUACAUUUGUUAAUAAAAUCACUGGCAUCAGAGCUGUGGUUCCUGAUUAAAUGGUCCUUCCUUUGCUUUUUGCUUCCACAAGUAAAAUCAAUUAACAUUCAAAACUCAACACUGUUUUGAACAAGCUGUGUGCAAUAUCUGUACACAGCUUGUCUGUCUAAAUAUUGUGGUUGUUGUGUGAUGAAUCUUGAAAUCUGCUGCCACCUUCUAAUGGUUUUGCUGCCAGAAGGCCAAUGUUGCAAUGCAAGCUAAUAGGAAACAGAAACUUGGCUUUUUCUCAAUUUGUAAAGCACUCUUGCCACCCCUAGAUGAAGUGACGCCCUGGUUGUUGAGCCAUAUGGCCCAUAUCAACAAAAAAAAAA